GAACACAGAAGCACUCCCAGUCCAAGUACCUCCAAAGUGCCCUGGAGGAAAUGGAGCUCAUCCGGAGCUCCGGGGAUGGGCAGUUUGAAGAAGCCAUCAGGUUCAGUCAGGAGCUGGAGAAGGAGCUGAAGAGCUCUCAGGAAGCUCUGGUCAGCCUGGAAGAUUGCAACCGUCACCUGAAGAGGGAGCAGGCAGAGAUGAGGAGGAAGGUGGAAGAGGCCAGACAGGCUGUCCUCAACAGUCUUGGCAAAGUGAAGGAGCUGGAAGUGAGAGCUAACGAGGUGACACAUCUGCAAAUACACAUCCAGCAGCUGGAAUCACAACUGCAGCACUACAGGUGGGAAGUGGAGCGAUGCCAGCUUGCCCAGCAGAGCAGCCCCCAGAAGCAGCAGCAGCAGCAGGAGGAGGGAGCAGCCGUGCCCGUGGCACCGCCGGGCACCGCCGGGCACGCAGAGGAGCAGCUCUUCCGCUCCGUGGAGGGCCAGGCGGCCUCGGACGAGGAGGAGGAGAAGGGGCCCGGGGACCAGGCUCCCCAGCUGAAGGACAUCCUGGCCAAGCUCCCUUGCUGUGGCAGUGGAUGUGAUGAAAAGACCUGGAGAAAGCUGCUGUCCUACCUGGAGACCAGCAGCAGUGACGGGAAGGACCCUGUGGAGCCCUUGGGGAGAAUCUGCCCCCUCACAGGGCAGCCAGAACUCAAGGGCCACCAAGAGAAAAAACUGGAAGCAAGCAUGGAAGAGAUGAAAGGCCCCUGGCUCGGGGAGCUGCAGCAGAAGGUGGAGGAGGCAGAAGUGCUGAAGAUGGAGCUGCAGAUGCUGGAGACAGAGAGGGUUCGGCUGUCCCUGGUGGAAGAGAAGCUCCUGGAUGUUCUGCAGCUUCUCCAACAACUCCGAGACUUGAACAUAUCAAAGCGAGCCCUGGGGAAAAUCCUGCUGAGCACUUUGGAAUCCUGCCGUGACCCCCAGCCUGGCAAAGCCCAGCUGCUGGAAGUGCUGGACACCCUUCAGCAGGAGCUGGCAGCCUGUGAACUCCUGCACAAGCAGCCCACGGAGCAGGCCCAGAGCCCACGGUCCCUGUCCAACCCCCUGGUGAUCUCCUGCUGAGCCCAGCCAGCCCCAGGACAGCUGCAAGGAGCAAGGAUGGGGACAUUUGUCCAGCUCAGCCACGCCUGGACUGGCCAGGAGCGAGGAGUGACCCCAGGGAGGAGCAGCAGCCCCGGGCUGGGCACAGCCUGCCUUAGCUGGACUGCAAAGGCCAGCCCUGGGGUGCCCCUGGAGCUGGGCUGGCACCAAACUGUGCCCACCACACCCAUCGGACCCACAGGGAUUUACAGCCCUGGAAAACUGGGAAUGGACUGGCAGCAAACUGUGCCUCACCUGA